CAAAUCUUUCUCUAUCGUUUAAAAUUCAAAAUUCCGUUUUAGUUCUCUCUCUUCAUCUCCUCUAAAUUUCAUUUUAGUUGUUUUAUCACAGUCGUCAAUUUGAAGAAGAGCUCUGCAUCCUCGUCUACGGGUUGGAUCAUACGAUGAAGAUGAAUAUCAACAAAGCCUGCGAUCUGAAUUCAAUUUCGGUGUUUCCUCCCAAUUUAAGAAGGAGAUCGAGUGUUGGGCCGUCAGAAGCACAAGCAUCGCAGCAGCAGCUUCGUUCACAGCAGUCGCAGCAGUCCUUCUCGCAGGGACCUUCGUCUCAGCGCGGUUGCUUUUCUCAGAUGACUCAGAGCUCAGUCGAAGAACUCUCGUUAUUCGAUCAGAGAUUUAGUUCUCAGGAAAGAGAUCUCUCUUUGAAGAAGAAUAGUUUCCUGCCCCCUAUCAGUCAUAAACGAGAUGAUAGUCAGAUGGUUGCUUCUAGAUCUUCCAGCGGUCUCACGAGAAGAUGGAGUUCUGCUUCAGUCGGAGAUUCUAAAUCUCAGAUUGGUGAAGAACUUGAGCAACGGUUUGGGAUGAUGGAAACUUCACUGAGCAAGUUCGCAAUGAUCUUGGAUUCGAUUCAGAGUGACAUCAUUCAAGCCAACAGAGGAACCAAAGAAGUAUUUCUUGAAACUGAACGCAUACAGCAAAAGUUGAUUCUCCAAGACACUUCACUUCAGCAGCUGAUAAAGGAUCAUGCAGAUGUUAAAGCUAGUCUUGAUGGAGCUGUUAAAUCUAUUUUGGAGGAACUAAGCAAAGAUCCCAAUCAAGAGAAGCUACAGAAAAUAUUGCUGAUGCUAACAGCUAUCCCAGAGCAAGUAGAAACCGCUCUGCAGAGAAUACAAAGGGAAAUCUGCCACACGUUCACCAGAGAGUCUCAGGUUUUGGCUAGCUUGAAGAUGCCUGAGCCAAUCAUAGCUCAGAUUCCAAAAGCAUCACCAGCAAAGGCAAAGGAAAACUUGCCUGAGCAGGCCAAGCUGCAGAGCAAUGCCGUUUGUAAUACUACACUGAAAACGAAACAACCGCAGCCUCUUAGAAAUCCAGCGAGAACUGUAAAAGCAUCUGUAUCCCCAAAGACACAGGUGGGAUGUUGGAAGACGGUGAAGCCAGGACAGAGCACAUUCAAGAAGAACGCAGCAAGAAAGCAAGUAAAACCUGAAGGCACUCGUACGCAGUUUGAACAAUGCAGCGUUGUCAUAGACUCAGAUGAAGAUAUAGAUGGAGGCUUCUCAUGCUUGCUCAACGGGAACACCAAAGGAGCUAACUUCGACUGGGACGCAGAGAAGGAAACUGAAAGGCUUCUUAGGACAGCGAGGAGGACAAAGAGGAAGUUCGGUAACCCCAUCAUAAUUAACUAACAAUCAGGUAAAGUAUAUAUAUAUAGGGAGUAAUCACGCUCCUUUAUUUUAUAUUUCUAUGUAAAGCAUGUUUAAAGAUGACUACAAUUGAAUACAUUAUCACAAGUGUGAAUUAUCUAAACUUUUAGUGAAUUUUCUCUGAUGCCCCGCUAGAAAAUUGAAGAAAUCGGAUUUGCUCCAUUUUAGAUAGUGUUUUUAAUUAAACUUUUUUGAGAUGUAUUCAAAAUCGAAUGAUACUCAAUUAGGUGUAUCCAAAAAUCCAUGACUUAUCUAAUAGUAAUGUAAACUCCUG